GGUUUGUUUGCGCGGCUGCGAGCCCCCUCAGAUCCGCUGUGAUAGAGACGAUGGUUGUGUGAACCUGCGGUGCAUCCCAAAAACGCACGAAAUUAACCCCGCGGAGAAGUUCAAGCGCCUUCAAAACCGCCUCUCCGCCGGGAGAGGAGCAGGAGGUUCAGUUCACUUCCCGGACGGGGCGGGGGUCAUGGCGCGGGAUUAUGAUUACCUCUUCAAGCUGCUCAUCAUCGGGGACAGCGGUGUUGGCAAAAGUAGUUUACUGCUGAGAUUUGCUGACAACACAUUUUCAGGUAGCUACAUCACCACAAUCGGUGUGGACUUUAAAAUUCGGACGGUGGAAAUAAACGGGGAGAAAGUCAAGUUGCAGAUUUGGGAUACAGCGGGACAGGAGAGGUUUCGAACGAUCACAUCGACGUACUACAGAGGCACACACGGUGUUAUCGUGGUGUAUGAUGUCACCAGCGCAGAGUCGUUCGUGAACGUCAAACGCUGGCUUCAUGAAAUCAAUCAAAACUGUGAUGAUGUUUGUCGAAUAUUAGUGGGAAAUAAGAACGACGACCCCGCCUCUAAAGUGGUGGAGACCAACGAUGCGCAGAAGUUCGCCGAGCAGAUGGGGAUCCACCUGUUUGAGACCAGUGCCAAGGAGAACGUCAACGUUGAGGAUAUGUUUAACUGCAUCACUGAGCUCGUACUGAAGGCCCGGAAAGAAUCUGUGGCCAAACACCAGCAACAGCAGCAGAACGAGGUGAUCAAACUCGGCAAGAGCAACAAACGCAAGAAGAAAUGCUGCUGAUGGAUUGGACUCGACACACACUUGCACAUACGACCGGACAAAGCCACUGAACUGACAAGAGCCAGAGAACUAAAGCAACCCAUGACAGAGACAGAUCAUCUCUAGAGAUUUACUUACCUUGAGCCCCUUUGGAUGUUUUAACAGGAAUGGAUUGGCGGUGCAUCCGUCUUUCCCAGAAGAUGCUCGGAACGCCGCCUCCACUCCUUUUAUUUUAAAUGGAGAAUGAAAUGUUUGUGCCACUUGUGUUGUUGUUCAGGUGGAGUCGAGGCCAAACCUCCGCAAUGUUAAUGCGACGUUCCGUCUUGACAUCUGUCAGGAAAACAAAAAAGGAACGCCGAAAGACCAUCAUGAACAUUUCCUCCUGCAUCCCACGUUCCUCUGCUCAUGUGAUUGUCAGUGGUUACAGGAGAUCACGUGUGCUCUUGUCAGUUACCCAGGGACUCUUGUUUUGCCUUUUGCUUAUUGUCUUUCGUUUUUGUAAAAUUGUAUUUUUUUACUAACAAAAUAUACGGUAGCGUUUAGUGGAUCUCGUGCCAUUGAUUGACUGAGCGUUGGAGGAUAUAUUGGACCUCUGUGCACUGACACAGUCGGACCUAAUGUGUAAAUAGAAAAUAUGUCUGUUUUAUAUGUAAAAAUGAGCUGAUGUGUGGAGGAAUAGUUCGGCCAAAAAUGGCAAUUCUGUCAUUAUUCAUGGACCCUCAUGUCGUUCCAAACCCGCAUGACGUUCUUCUUUUGACUGAAAACGCAAAUCAGUAUCAGGAUGUUCACAUUUAUCCCUAAACAAUGAACACACAAAAGACCAUCAGCUGUAAAACUCCAUGACAAGAGUCCAGAUGAUGUGCGUUGUAUUUCAGUUGUUCAUACCACAGAUCAGCGUGCGCAACAGACUCGUAUUUAAGUCGAUAUUUGCGAAAAAAUUCCCCUCCUGUUAGUCUCAUUCACACAGAAAGUCAUACGGGUUUGGCAUGAUUGCGAGUGAAUGAAGACCAUUGUUUCGUAUUCAAAUGAACUAACCCUCUAAAGUUCUCAGCGGUGGUCUGAGCUUCCAGGAUUUGUUACUCCUCAGAUCAAGCACACAGGACAUGAAGAGCCAGAUGCCAGCAGAGCUUGUGCGGUGGUGAUGUGGACCUGCGUAUAAGAUUCAUUGUGUAUUAUAUUGCGAGAGAUUUUAUAGAGCAGAUCUUCACAGCAAACACUGUUGUGCUCCUUCAUCUGUUCAUAUCGUUCAAAGUCUAAAUAACAUGACACGCUCAUGCAUGUUCGCAUACGGGCACUUGCGCCUGUGUGUUUCUGUGUAAGUGAAAUGUUCUGGCGUACACUGGAAAAGAUCAAUUCAUUCCACCACAAAUCUAACGACAAUAAACAUUUUAAGAGGU